AUGGAUGGAGGGAUGGAGGGAGGGAUGCACAGCGGGACACUGCUGGAAGAGGACCCGACCUUAACGUUGCCGUGUCCAGUUUUACGGCGGCAGCAGUGUGAGGACGGCGCCUUCAACCAGCACUUACCGGCCACGGCGGCCAGCUACAGCGCUACUGCGCCGGGGAGCUUCAACACGUUAAACAGGGCAGAUGAAACCACUCACGAACUAUAUGUUGUGUUUAAUGUCGUUCAAGAGGAUGGCAACGUAGCGAGCAAACACGAUCAAAUGAAGAGCACCACCACCAGCAGCAGCAGCAGCAGCAUGCCGGUAACGGCGGCGAUCCCUCCCUACGUGAAGCUGGGUCUCACCAUCGCCUACACCAUCUUCUACUCGCUGCUCUUCGCCUUCGUGUACGCCCAGCUCUGGCUGGUGCUGCGGUACCGACACAAGCGCUUCAGCUACCAGACGGCCUUCCUGUUCCUGUGCCUGCUGUGGGCCGCGCUGCGAGCCCUCCUCUUCUCCUUCUACUUCAGGGACUGCGUGACCGCCAACGCGCUCGGCCCGUUCGCCUUCUGGCUGCUCUACUGCUUCCCCGUCUGCCUGCAGUUCUUCACGCUCAGCCUCAUGAACCUCUACUGCGCACAGGUUUACUUCAAGGCCAAGUCCAAGUACACACCUGCCCUGCUCAAAUACAGACUUCCCCUGUAUCUGGUCUUCCUGGGCGUCAGUCUUCUCUUCCUCGUGGUUAAUCUGGUCUGCGCGCUGCUGGUGAAGAUGGCGGCGGCCGACGUGAAGACCGUGGUCCUGGUGAGGGUCACCAUCAACGACAGUCUGUUCGUCCUCUGCGCCGUCUCGCUCUCCGUCUGCCUCUACAAGGUCGCCAAGAUGUCGCUGGCCAACAUCUACCUGGAGUCAAAGGGUACGUCGGUGUGUCAGGUGACUCUGAUCGGCAUCAUGGUGGUGUUGCUGUACGCGUCGCGGGCCUGUUACAACCUGGUGGUGCUCGCCCUCGCCAACAUCGAGACCAUCAACUCCUUCGACUACGACUGGUACAACGUCUCGGACCAGGCGGACCUCCGCUCGUCGCUAGGAGACGGCGGCUACGUUGUGUUCGGGGUGAUCCUGUUCGUCUGGGAGCUGCUGCCGACAUCGCUGGUCGUCUUCUUCUUCAGGGUGCGACGCCCACCUCAGGAACGGAGCGCUGCGGGGAUCCCGAACCACGUUCUCUCUUCCAGAGGAUAUUUCUUCGACAACCCUCGGCGCUACGACAGCGACGAUGAUAUGUCUACGCUGUAUACAGCAGAUGUAAACAUACACGCCACGUGGCGUCGCAACGUUGCAUAA